CCGCCGGCAGAGCUAGUGGGGCUGCUAUUUAGUUUCCUGUUCUCGAAUCAGAUCGCGUUUGGACUUCGGAGACUACGUUCGUGCGGCAGUUGUGUAUUUAGUUUUGUGUUCCCAGAGAAAUAUCCUACCAUGUCCAAGCCAGCUCUGUAUUAUGCCACCCUGAGUCCCCCAUCGCGUGCCGUCCUCCUCACGGCCAAGGCGAUCGGGCUCGACCUUGAACUACGGCCAAUUAACCUGCUGAAGGGAGAGCAUCUGACUCCGGAAUUCCUCAAGCUGAACCCCCAGCACACCAUCCCCACCCUGAUCGACGGCGAGGCCAUUAUCAUUGACUCGCACGCCAUCUGCGCCUACCUGGUGGAGAAGUACGGGCAGAAGGAGCAGCAGCUCUACCCGAAGGACUUGGUGCAGCGCGCCAAUGUGGAUGCCCGGCUCCACCUGGACUCCGGCCACCUCUUUGCGCGCCUGCGCUUCCUCUACGAGCCCAUUCUAUAUCAUGGAUCCACGGACUGCUCCAUUGAUAAGAUCGCGUACGUCCAGAAGUGCUGGGAAAUCCUCGAGGGAUUCCUCAAGGAUCAGCCUUAUCUGUGCGGUUCUGAUCUGACCAUCGCAGACUUUUGCGCUGUGGCCACCGUCACCUCGGUGAACGACGCCGCUCCCAUCGACGAGUUUAAGUUCCCCAAGGUGCACGCCUGGCUGAAGCGUCUCGCCGAGCUACCCUACUACCAGGAGGUGAACGGCGACGGCGCGGACGAGCUCAAGAGCAUCUUCAAGGCCAAGCUGGCAGAGAACCGCGGCAAGUAGGCGUCGGUUCCAUCAUGUUUUGUUUUGUACCCACACUUUCUAUAUGCACAUCCACUCUUGAAUAAACGGAUUAGUUAAAAGUUAAAA